CGAUAUUCAGCGCUCUGCUGACGGUACUCCAAACAGCCUCGUGGCAGAUGUGAUUGCGCUAUGCUGACGCAAGGGUGCAGAGACCAGAGAAAGGGUCACGGAGAUGUCACAGUGCGCUGUUUAAAUGCAUCACGGUGGUGCAACGCAAAGCAGGCAGAAGCGGUUCUUAGCAUACAACUUCGACGAGAAACGGCUCACAUUACCACCGGGAACCAUCCUCUUUCUCACGCCCACCUUAAACGUCCCUUUCAUCAGGGACCUAGCCAAGGGAUACCAGUCAAAAUUAACUCUAAGUGCUCCGUUUCAAAUUGCGUUUGACGACCUAGACUUCACGGACGAGUUCAACCCGUGGGGCAUAGUGCCAGGCCUGUCAAUCCCACAAAAGGAGGAGAAGAGGCGGUCGGGUCAGAGGAAACGCAUGAAGCGGACCAUCGACGACUUUACGCCGCACCCGCUCGGGGACAGAGUGACCCUGUUCCAAGUAGUGGAAGAGUACCUGAUGAACCUUGGCCACAACGGUCGCGCCUGCCUCUUGCGAGCUAUCUGCGAGAUCAACCAGCAGCCGCUACCGUAUCACGGCCUCCUCGGAGAGUUCUUGCAGAUGAUCUUCAGGCGGAACAACAUCAUGGACUCCGCCCACGGGAGGCAGAAAACGGAGGCGGCUCCGGGUCAGCCGGCGUUCAACAUACCCUAG